UUGCCCUGUGGGCCUUUGUCUGCUGCUGGGUCCCUCGCAUUCCUGCGAGCAACACCCCUCCUCCGCCUGGAAUCCUGCAGGCUUCCCUUGGGCAGGCUCGGCCCUGCCCCUGUGGUUCCCGCCCGGCCUUCAGGCCCCUCCUUCCAGGCCUGACUUUCGGAAAGGGAAGGCUUUCUGAGGAAACGAAAGCGAAAUUGAACCGUAGCCAUCUUGUGGCCCAGCACGGCGCAGGCAGGCAGGGUUGCCCUGCUGGCUCCCUAGAAUUGCAGAGAGUGGAGUGCAACCGCGGCGGUGCUAGUGUUUGGGGCCCUCGGAGUAGGGGGUGUAGCUUCCGGGCCGCACUGGCCCGGCCUGGGCUGUACCUUCAAGGCGCUAUGGACCUGCGGAAGGGCAGUUCCCUCCAGAGAUACCACCUCUGCCCGGGUCAAGGCUAUGAGCACAGCCAGUUCAGUCACCAGCAGCUGGACCCAAGAUCUCCCGCUGACCAUUUCCGGCUCCAGCAAAUAGCAUUUUUGCAGGGAUUUUGCCCAGAAGUGCCCCUUCCUGGAAAGCAGGCCUCAUCACUGCUGUCGUUCCCGGGACUCAGCCCAAGGUUUCCAGGCCCACCUGUCAGAUUCAGGCAGCCAGGGAGCGGGGCUGUCCCCAGGGACGUGCCUCUCAGUAGGCCGGGGUGCCAGGAAGAACUGCAGCCCCCUUUAUCACACGCCAGGGUUGUGGCAUGCAAAGGUGUUGACAGGCUUUCCUCACGCUUCCAGCGCCUCAGUAUAGAUCAGGAUCGGGAGCAAAGGAUCUUUGAGGCGCUCAAAGAGGGGCAGGUUCUCUCAGCCAUUCAGCUGGCUACUAAGCUCCAAGCCACAAGAAAGGACAUCAAUCGAGUUUUGUACUCCCUGGCGAAGAGGGGAAAGCUGCACCGAAAGGCAGGAAGGCCCCCUCUGUGGAGCAUCACCGUCUCCGCUGCAGCUAGGGAACAGCUGUGCACGGCAGGUCGGGAGCCCGUGCCACAGAAUCCAGAUCUCUAUAGCCAGGGAACCCCAGGCUCAGCCCAGGGUUUGGAAGCUGAGGACACAGGUGUCCCAUCUGACGUAGAAGAAGAUCCUGCUGAGCCUUUGGACAUGGCCGAGAUCAAGGAGAAAAUCUGUGACUACCUGUUCAAUGUGUCUAACUCCUCUGCCCUAAAUGUGGCCAAGAAUAUUGGCCUCAGCAAGGCCCGCGAUGUGAACACGGUGCUGAUCGAUUUGGAAAAGCAGGGCGAUGUCUACAGGCAGGGGGCCACCCCUCCCAUCUGGUACUUGACAGACAAGAAGCGAGAGAGGAUGCAGAUCAAGAGAAAUGCAAACAGUGUCCCUGAAACCACUCCCGCCCCCGCCGCCAAGAGGAACACAGCGCUCCCCACAAGUUGUCCACCCAAGUCCGAUGCUUCACACACCACAAUGGCCAUGGAAAAGGUAGAGAACGGACAGGAGCCUGCCAUAAAAGUAGAAAGGCAAGAAACCAGGCCAGAACCCGCAAGAUUGAAGCCGCCCAUCUAUCACAAUGGCCCCUCCAAAGCAGGCUAUGUUGACUUUGAAAAUGGCCAGUGGGCAACAGAUGACAUCCCAGAUAAUCUGAAUAGCAUCCAUGCAGCACCAGGUGAGUUCCGAGCCAUCAUGGAGAUGCCCUCCUUCUACAGUCACAGCUUGCCACGCUGUACACCCUACAAGAAGCUGACUCAGUGCCAGCUGAAGAACCCCGUCAGUGGGCUCUUAGAGUAUGCACAGUUCACUAGUCAGACCUGUGAGUUCAACCUCAUCGAGCAGAGCGGACCACCCCACGAACCUCGGUUUAAGUUCCAGGUCAUCAUCAGCGGCCGAGAGUUCCCCCCAGCUGAGGCGGGCAGCAAGAAAGUGGCCAAGCAGGAUGCAGCCAUGAAAGCCAUGACUAUUCUGCUUCGAGAAGCCAAAGCCAAGGAUAGUGGGAAAUCGGAAGACUUGUCCUGCUGCCCCAUGGAGAAAGACUCUGAGCAGACCGCAGAGCCGCAGCCCACUGCCCCAUCAGCUGUUCCCCUCUUCUCUGGAAAGAGUCCUGUCACUGCGCUGCUUGAGUGUAUGCACAAGCUGGGCAACUCCUGUGAAUUCCGUCUCCUGUCUAAGGAAGGCCCUGCCCACGACCCCAAGUUCCAGUACUGUGUUGCAGUGGGCUCCCAAACCUUCCCCGCUGUAAGUGCUCCCAGCAAGAAAGUGGCCAAGCAGAUGGCGGCGGAGGAAGCCAUGAAGGCCUUGCAAGAGGAGGCAGCCAACCCCAUGGGCUCUGAUGACCAGUCUGGAGGGUCCAACACAGACUCUCUUGAGGCCUUGGAGUCCGGAAUGCCCAGCAAGAUCCGGAAGGUCGGGGAGCUCGUCAGAUACCUGAACACAAACCCUGUGGGCGGCCUGCUGGAGUACGCCCGCUCCCAUGGCUUUGCUGCUGAGUUCAAGUUGGUUGACCAGUCUGGACCUCCUCACGAACCCAAGUUUGUUUACCAAGCAAAAGUUGGAGGUCGCUGGUUCCCAGCCGUGUGUGCGCACAGCAAGAAGCAAGGCAAACAGGAAGCGGCCGACGCAGCUCUCCGGGUCUUGAUUGGGGAGAACGAGAAGGCAGAACGCAUGGGUUUCACAGAGGUAACCCCAGUGACAGGGGCCAGUCUCAGAAGAACUAUGCUCCUCCUCUCCAGGUCCCCAGAAGCACAGCCAAAGACACUUCCUCUCACGGGCAGCACCUUCCACGAUCAGAUCGCCAUGCUGAGCCACCGCUGCUUCAACACCCUCACCAACAGCUUCCAGCCCUCCCUGCUGGGCCGCAAGAUCCUGGCAGCCAUCAUCAUGAAAAAGGAUUCUGAGGACAUGGGGGUCGUUGUCAGCCUGGGGACGGGGAAUCGAUGUGUGAAGGGCGACUCUCUUAGUCUCAAGGGAGAGACAGUCAAUGACUGCCAUGCCGAGAUCAUCUCCCGGCGAGGUUUCAUCAGGUUCCUCUACACAGAGCUAAUGAAGUACAACCCCCAGACCGCGAAGGAAAGUAUAUUUGAGCCUGCUAGGGGAGGAGAAAAGCUCCAGAUAAAAAAGACGGUUUCAUUCCAUCUGUACAUCAGUACUGCUCCUUGUGGUGAUGGCGCUCUCUUUGACAAGUCCUGCAGUGACCGCGCCAUGGAGAGCAUGGACUCCCGCCACUACCCUGUCUUCGAGAACCCCAAGCAAGGAAAGCUCCGCACCAAAGUGGAGAAUGGAGAAGGCACUAUCCCUGUGGAAUCCAGUGACAUUGUGCCCACGUGGGACGGCAUCCGCCUGGGGGAGAGACUCCGUACCAUGUCGUGCAGUGACAAGAUUCUGCGCUGGAACGUGCUGGGCCUGCAGGGUGCCCUGCUGACCCACUUCCUGCAGCCCAUCUAUCUCAAGUCUGUCACGCUUGGCUACCUUUUCAGCCAAGGGCACCUGACCCGCGCAAUCUGCUGUCGAGUGACAAGAGAUGGAAGUGCAUUUGAGGAAGGACUACGAAAGCCUUUUAUUGUCAACCACCCCAAGGUUGGCCGGGUCAGUGUCUAUGACUCCAAAAGGCAGUCCGGGAAGACCAAGGAGACGAGCGUCAACUGGUGUCUGGCUGACGGCUACGAGCUGGAGAUCCUGGAUGGCACCAGGGGCACCGUGGAUGGGCCACGGAAUGAGUUGUCGCGGGUCUCCAAGAAGAACAUCUUCCUUAUGUUUAAGAGGCUCUGCUCCUUUCGUUACCGCAGAGAUUUACUGAAACUCUCCUAUGGUGAGGCCAAGAAAGCUGCCCGUGACUAUGAGAUAGCCAAGAACUACUUCAAAAAGAGCCUCAAGGACAUGGGCUACGGGAACUGGAUAAGCAAACCGCAGGAGGAGAAGAACUUCUACCUCUGCCCAGUGCCCAGUGACUGAUGCAGUGGGGUGAGGGGCUCUCAGCGGGGCGAGAGAAUUAGAGCGUGUAGCAUUCCUCAUCACAUUGGUUUUUGUUUUUUUAAUCAUCCUUUUUUUUUUUUCCUAAUAGAACUGCAAUUGGAGAUCCUCAGAACUUUGGGUUGCCAUUUAUUCUGCUUUCUAGGGGAAUUUGCUAGGUGGAGUCUGGCUAGGCCCCCUCAUUUUUCCCAAAUUAAAAGGCAGAGUCCAAAAGAGAGAGAAAGGGGUCAUCUUUCCUUGCCAUGCACAGCAUGACCAGAUACGGAGCACCUGUAGCCCGUUUGCCCUGAGACUUGAGUUGUUUUGUUGAUUUUCCCAUUUCUUCUUCUUUUGUGUUUCCUACACUGACUGACCUUUUGUGGUCUUGAUUAGCCUUCACUGGGUUCUCUGGAUCACGCCAGGGUUGAUGCUUUCAGUCAAGGGCCAGCGGGCCCCUCCCCUCAGGUUCCUUUUUACCUUUGGAUCGUGGAGCUUCUCCCCACUCCCAAGAGUGAAGAGGCUAAUGCAACUGCUCAGGCAUCAGGCCUUGCAUGGGAGCCAGCUGGGGUGCAGGGAGUAGGCAGGCACCCGGGCCAGGGAGGAUAGCCCCCUCUUCCCAGGAAGUCCUUAGACUAUUCCAGGCUUUCAGCUAUCCUGCCAGGCAAAGCAUUUCUAGGAGCUUUCCCAGCCAGCACAGAACACAGGGCCACAGACACCAGCUGAGUGGACAGUGUCCAGGACAGCUCUCGAGGGCAGGUGACCUCUAUCAGGCUCAUCAGGACUCCACAAGAGUGAAAGCCAAAAGUCACACUGGGGCCUAUCACCAGCCAACCUGGCACAUCUCGUGACAUUGACACCAACGCGAGUUGGUCCAGUCAGGUAUAAAUGAGCUUUUACAGGAAGUGGGUGUUGAUUCCUAACCACAGCUGCACAGCUCUAAAAUGCAUGCAUGCUUUCCCAUCUAUCUGCCUGCAGUCGUUGUGCCAGGUAACUUCAGUUGGUCCUUCAGGUAACACAGAUUGGCUGUCUUCCUGCCGUUGGGGGUGUUUUUACGGGGUUGACAUCCAAGGCAGUAGUUGCAAGGGAAGGGCAGGUUGUCCUAGGCUCUGAGGUGGGACCCUUGGCCUUUGCAAGGGAUGUUGCCAGCACAGGCCCUCUGAGGAUGCCCCUUUCCCUCGCCAUGGCCCGCCCAGCCCUGCCUGGCCCAGCCCUGCCUGGCCCACCUCCUACUGACAACAGCCCAUCCACAGCCCCCACUGCUCUGCCUGUGGCUGCUGUGCCCUCUGUGCUCUUCCCCAGAUUGGCCACACUGAGAUAAGUGGCAUUUUGAAAACACAUUAAGAAUGUCCAUGUAGAGUACCAGAACUCACUAGGGAGUUGGUGGGAAAGCAGGGCGGUCCUUGGGGUUGGGAAGUACCUGCUAAAGGCAUGGCCAGGCAGUCCAGGGGGUGCAGGGAUCCAGUAGGCCAGACCUGUGGAAGGAAGCUCACCCCCUGAGUUCUCCAGCCAGAGGGCUACCCGGCCGCCACCUCAGCAUUCCUGCCCCUCUACUCUGUUGUGGGCAUUAAAAUCUGGCGGAGCUGCAUGUAGCCACCUCUUCACUGGCAGCCAGACACCCUUGACACAGAGCCCGCUGUCUCCCUGGAGAUCUUGCACACCACAGCAUUGGGCUUUGCUGCUGGAGGGCCGCAGGUGUGAAGGGCAGCAGGUACGUGGGAGCCUGGUGGGGCUCCCACCCAGUGUUCCCUUCCCAAUUUUGUCUUUGUUUUUAAAGAAGCUCUAAAAUCCCCCAACACACACACACACACACACACACACACACUUUCUUUUUAAUGAUUUCUGUAGUUGAUUUAUCUGACCUGUGGAUAAUCACUUGUACACACUGUCAGCACUUGAGGCUGUUUCUUUUGCUCAAGUGGAAGGGGCUCUGUUGGCUUUGGGGUCUUGCCAGGGACUCCACGAACAGAGUGGGGAAGGGCUGGGGUCCAGGCCUGGGGGCCAUUGGGGGCUGCAGUCCAGUCUUACGAUUCUGCUUUUAUGUGAUCCUUGAUAUCACUGACUAACAUAAUACAUUCCGCAUAAAUAAAAUAGAAAAAAAUCUAA